AUGGUCAACCUAAUUUGGUUGGCUACCUUCUUUUUCGCUUCCGCUCUAUUAUUAGAGUUUGGUGUUGAUUCGAUGAAGUCUCAACUUGAACCGGGUGAAAGCUCAAAAAGUUCAAAGGGUUUUAACUUGAAAAAAUUGAUAAAUAUACUGAAGCCUGCAGGUUCUAAAAGUAAACAAGGAGCUAAGAAGAAAAUUUUGCUUCUAGUAGAUAAAUUUUUGAGUCAUUACUAUUUUGCUGUAAGUAUUUAAAUGAUUUUUUGAGAUAAAUGGGAUUACCGUAUCUAAGAAAUUAAUUCCGAGAGACCCGUUCAGUUCGGCUUUUAAAAAUUAAGAGAGAUCCCAGACUUGCGAUUUUGCCGAUAUCUUGUAUAAAUAUUUUUUAUUUGGCUGAUUAACGCAUCAACCGCUUCUUUUCUCAGUCUCUAGAAUUUUUACGCGCAGAAAAAAUGGUCGCGUCAUUGAAAAAGUUGCAAAAGGUUCCAUAAGUUCCAAAAUUCCAAAAAUUUUUAAAGCAAAUCCGAUUUU